GGCGGCGGCUAAGCGGCGGAGUGGCGUGGACCUCAUGUAGAAAUGACAACAAUGGAAGGGGCCAGCGGGUCGAGUUUUGGAAUAGACACGAUUUUGUCCAGUGCCAGCUCGGGCAGCCCCGGCAUGAUGAAUGGAGAUUUCCGCCCGCUCGGCGAGCCCAGGACCGCGGAUUUUAGGAGUCAGGCCACUCCGUCCCCCUGUUCGGAGAUCGAUACCGUAGGAACGGCGCCUUCUUCUCCCAUCUCGGUCACCAUGGAACCCCCGGAGCCGCAUCUGGUAGCAGACGGGUCCCAGCACCACCACCAUCUCCACCACAGCCAACAGCCCCCGCCAGGCGCGGCCCCGACGCAAACUUUGCAGCCUUCGUCCCAGCAGCAGCAGCCACCGCCGCCGCCACCGCAGCAGCAACAGCAGCCGCCACCGCAGCCGCCACCGGCCCAGCAGCUAGGCUCGGCCGCCUCGGCCCCCAGGACUUCCACCUCUUCUUUUUUAAUUAAGGACAUCUUGGGCGACAGCAAACCUCUGGCGGCGUGUGCACCCUACAGCACCAGCGUCUCCUCUCCUCACCACACCCCCAAGCAGGAGAGCAACGCGGCACUCGAGAGCUUCAGGCCAAAGCUCGAACAGGAGGACGGCAAAACCAAACUCGACAAGCGGGAAGAUGCCCAGAGCGACAUCAAAUGCCACGGAACAAAGGAAGAAGGAGACCGGGAGAUCACGAGUAGCCGGGAGAGCCCCCCUGUGAGAGCCAAAAAGCCCCGAAAAGCCAGGACGGCUUUUUCUGAUCACCAACUCAAUCAACUGGAACGUAGCUUUGAGCGGCAGAAGUACCUGAGCGUGCAAGACCGCAUGGACCUAGCAGCUGCGCUCAACCUCACUGACACCCAGGUUAAGACCUGGUACCAGAACCGCAGAACUAAGUGGAAGCGGCAGACGGCUGUGGGCCUAGAGCUGCUGGCGGAGGCAGGAAACUACUCCGCACUGCAGAGGAUGUUUCCGUCGCCUUAUUUCUACCACCCGAGCCUGUUGGGCAGCAUGGACAGCACUACUGCGGCAGCGGCGGCCGCAGCCAUGUACAGCAGCAUGUACCGGACUCCUCCUGCUCCCCAUCCCCAGCUGCAGCGGCCCCUGGUGCCCCGAGUGCUCAUCCACGGCCUGGGGCCUGGGGGGCAGCCUGCCCUCAACCCCUUAUCCAACCCUAUCCCAGGAACCCCGCACCCCCGGUGAAGAAACUGCAGACGCCGCAGCGGCCCCUUCCCCAAGUCCCCUCCCCAGCUCGGACUGCGGCCCCUCCUCUCCCAGCACCGAGCCUUCCGGAGACCCUGAAACCGACCAGGAGGCAGAAAAGGAAGAAAGGAAGACUGUCUCCGCGGUGCUGGGGUCGGGCGGGCGGGCCGCGAGGAGCCAGCCCUCUGUUCUCCAUCUCCCCACCCCCCAGACAGGGCUGGAAAGCUCCUCCACACCAGUGUGACUGGCGAAAACGCUGAACCCACACAAAGUGCGAUCAGUAAGUUUUAAAACA